AUGUCGGAACAGUUUCCUAUGUUUAAAUUGGGCACACUAAUCGCUCGUCAAAUCAGCUCGCCCAUUGCUACCCGCAUCAAGGAAUACGCGAAGAACCAUCCUGUAUUCAGUCAAAACGUGUGCGGACGACUAGCCUGGUAUUACCGAUACGGAGAAAUUCACUGUCGUAUGAUGGCACUGCGGCUGGCUGGCAACUCGAACUUUGCCUCCAGACAUCAAAUAGUUGUACCUCGUGUCUCUCCUGCUGAAGCCCACGACCUUGGCGCUGACUUGCUAGGGGAACUGAUAGUUUUCAUGCUGGGAGCGACAAUUUUGAUAUUUGAAUACAACAGGCAAGCAAAUAUCAAAGCGAAAAAGACUAGGGCGAGAAAGGAAAAAUGGAGGGCGCUGAAAAAUACCCUUGAAGAACUAAAAAUAGAGGCACAACGACAGAAUAAACAGUUGGAGUCGGCAAAAGAGCGUCUGCAUAUUUUGCGAAACCAGAAUGAGAAGUAACUGAAUUAAUAGAAGCGUCUUUCCUUGAGAAUGACGGUCGAGACAACGAAUUUAGGUAGAGACAACUAACCUGAAACCUACCCAUUUCAUCAACAUGCAUCAAUACCCUCAUAUACGAUCAUCGGUUCAGAAUACACUUGACCUAACCAUUCUUUAUGAAUGAUUUCUAAAUGUGAACAAAAUACUGUAAGUAUUGUGA